CCAAUUCGGAUUGCUUCUUGAGUUUUCAUUAACACAUAACAACAUUCAACUUUUUCCACAUUUUUGUGCGCUUCCUUAUGUGACAGCAUUUGACCGAACAAUUAUGAGUCAAAGAUCGCGAGGUAGGAACCGUCAGGUGUCUGAGAGUCCAGAGCCAAUCGUCGUGGAAGAACAGGGCGGGGAUAAUGAAAGCGUCAUUGACCUGACCUGCACAGUUGACGAGGAGUAUGUGGACCUCACCUCUCUAAGCCAACGCUCCCAAUCAGAGAGCAGUGGUGUCAACGAUGCAUCCUUCGUGAUUCUUGGAUCACCAGUAGCUGAGUUACCCGCCCAUCGUCUCAGGAGUGGUCGUGGUCGCCAUAGCAACGAGGAUACCCCUCAAGAGGACACAGAUGAGGACGAUGAGCUGCCGCCUGGGCCUGUGAGGGUCUCGCAACGGGACAACUCCGAACCAGCAUUCCUAGUUGCCUCCCCUGACGCCACGCAGCAGAUCUCCUGCCCUGUCUGUCUAGAGGACUUUAAAUCUAUAAGAAAAAACCAUUUAAAACUAAAUUCCACUUCAUGUGGCCACGUGUUUUGCCAGUCGUGUAUAGAGAGUGCAGUGCGGUUACAUCGUGCCUGUCCCAUAUGUCGCAAAAAUUUGACCAUGAAAAACAUUAUAGUGCUCCAUCUAUAGUGAUUACAGUUUUGCAUUUGUUGUGAUAUAGUUACUUAUGUGCUGCAUUUGUAGUGACUAAAAUGCUUCAUCUAUAGUGACAAAAGUUCUCGGUGUAUUGUGUUUAUUUACUAAAAUGCUGCAUUAAUAGUGACUUAAGUGUUUCAUUUAUGAAUGAAGAGCAGAAUUUAUUGUUAUUAAAGUGCUCUGUUUAUAGAGACUAAAAUAUUGCAUUUGUAGUUUCAUUUAUAGUGACUUAUGUGCUUCAUUUAUAGUAAAUGAAGUGCUUCAUUUAUAGUGAAUGAAACACUGCAUUUAAAGAGACUAAAAGUGUUUCAUUUAUAGUGACUGAAGCGUUGCAUUUAUAGUGACUGAAGCGUUUCAUUUAUAGUGACUGUAUGUUUCAUUUAUAGUGACUGAAGUGCUGAAUUUAUAGUGACUGAAGUGUUUCAUUUAUAGUGACUUAAGUGUUUUUUUUAUAGUGAAUGAAGUGUUUCAUUUAUAGUAAAUGAAACACUCCAUUUAUAGAGACUUAAGUGUUUCAUUUAUAGUGACUGAAGCGUUGCAUUAAUAGUGACUGAAGAGUUUCAUUUAUAGUGACUGUAUGUUUCAUUUAUAGUGACUGAAGUUUUGUAUUUAUAGUGACUGAAGUGUUUCAUUUAUAGUGACUGAAGCGUUGCAUUUGUAGUGACUUAAGUAUUGUAUUUAUAGUUACUGCUUUGCAGUAUUUAUAUUUUAUUGUUCCUGCUGCUAAAAGUUGAAAAAUAGUUUAUGCUCAAUCAUUAUAGUUUGGAUGAAGAUAAUGUGCUGAUGAAAAGUUUGUUUUUGGGUUGUUUACAUGUAUAGCUUAUUUGGGAUUCCAUUAGGUAUAUGUGGGUCAAAGUCAUUGUUAUUAGGAAAAAAGUGUGUCCCUUUAUAACUGAUGAGUUUUUAUAGGGGUAAUGGUAUUUGUCCUGAAAUUUUGUGUGUUGGUAUCUUAAUACCGAAAUAUAAUUGGAUUGCAUUUGUGGAUUGUCUAGUGAAGGUCACAUUCACUGUUACUGAACAUACAAGCUUGACCUUGGAGUAUCUUCAAGCCAGUUAGAUAAAGGUCAAGGUCACUGCACUUUAAAAUUAUCAUUAGAAUUUUUAAUACUCAACUUGAGUUACGAUGGAGGUAUUGAACUGAAAUGUUGUUUGUAGUUUAUAUGCAGAGCUGGCUUGGCAUUGAUUUAUUGUUUAAAUUAAACUAAUUACUUAAACAUAAACCUGGUUUUGCGACAUCACCAUUAUUCCUGUUUCAACAAGAGCGUAGUUUUGACACACUAGAAGAAUAUCUCUAGUUUGAUAGAUUAUUUAUAUUAAACUGUGUAUUCUUUAUAUUAUACAGUAUUAUACUGUAUUGCUAUCACAUAUUGAGAUGAAAAAAGUUAUAUUGAAAAAUAUUUAAAUAAAUGUCUAUUAAAAGUUUAGCUCUUAAAAUCACAAUUGUUUCUGACAUUUUCUUUAUAUAAAAUGCUCAAUGAAUUGCAUUAUUGUCUUUAAUUUAAAGCCUGCAGUAUAAAGUUUUUUUUUUUUGGGGGGGGGGUAUAAAAAAAGUAAUUUUGAACAUUUGUGAAAUAAGUAAUAAUGUGUUUGUUGAAAGAAUGAUGACACAAGUGAAAUUAACCCUUUGAGUGCUGGAACCGGAUUUUGAAGGCCUUUGCAAACAGUUUGGAUCCAGAUGAGACGCCACAAAACGUGGCGUCUCAUCAGGAUCCAAACUGUUUGCUAUUCUGAUAGUAUUCUUUGAAAAAAAAUCGAAGAAAAUGCUAAUUUUAGAAAUUCAGCAGACGACAUUUUAGCAGACGACAAAUUACCCAGCAUGCAAAGGGUUAAUGUUUUAUGAGAUACGUGAAGAUGAGGUACUGUAGUUGAGCCUGGGCACUCCCCCAGUCUUGUCAGGAGCUACGCUGUCCACUAUAAAGUCAGUCUUGUCAGGAGCUACGCUGUCCACUAUAAAGUCACGCAAGGUUUCUUGGUCUCAUUAAGAGACCUCACCAUACUGAACGGAAGCUCAGGCUUGAAGCUACGCCGGCUGCAUAUGGCAUAAGACCCUUUUUUUGAAUGACACGGGUAAUAUUGCCUAUGGAUAGUUCUGUUUUAAUUGAAAUGAUGUCUUGUUAACUUAGCAAAAGUGAUUAUGCACAUUGGAUUUACAGUGCUGAAUAAUUUCCAUAGAUUUUUUUAGCUUCUGUAUAAUUUCAAUUAUGAAGCUUAGCUUUAUCUUGGCAAACAAAGAAUGUUUAUGUGUUAAUACACUGUAUUACAAAAUAAAGGGGGUUGUACUGAA